CAAACAAACAGAGUUUAGCCCAGAGUAAGAAGCUGCUUGUAUUUUUGUGUAUUUUGCUGUACUUUCAGAUAAAAAUAACAGGAUGGCACAGUGGGGUGCCGUCUUCUCUAUAAUUGCUGCACUUGGAGGAGCAAUGCUUUUAGCAUCUGUGCACAAGAUUGAUGAAGGGCACACUGGAGUGUACUACAGGGGAGGAGCUCUCCUCACUACAACCAGUGGUCCAGGUUUCCAUCUCAUGCUUCCUUUCAUCACCACCUACAGGUCUGUUCAGACAACGCUGCAGACAGAUGAGGUAAAGAAUGUACCCUGUGGUACAAGUGGAGGAGUGAUGAUUUACUUUGACCGCAUAGAAGUGGUGAACUUCCUCAUUCCAUCAGCAGUGUACGACAUAGUGAGGAACUUCACGGCAGAUUACGACAAAGCUUUGAUAUUCAACAAAGUGCACCAUGAACUCAACCAGUUCUGCAGCGUUCACUCACUGCAGGAGGUCUACAUCGGCCUGUUUGACCAAAUUGAUGAAAACCUCAAGUUGACGCUACAAGAGGAUCUGACGUCUAUGGCACCUGGGCUCAUCAUACAGGGGUUCGUGUCACUAAACCCAAUAUCCCAGAGAGUAUUCGGAGGAACUAUGAGCUCAUGGAGAGUGAGAAGACGAAGCUGCUGAUCUCCCAGCAGACACAGAAGGUUGUGGAGAAGGAGGCAGAGACCGAGAGGAUCAAAGCUGUGAUCGAGGCCGAAAAAGUGGCACAAGUUGCAGAAAUUAAAUAUGGACAGAAAGUUAUGGAGAAGGAAACGGAAAAGAA